GAUGCUUCUACUUCCCCGAUGACCGUACUGCCGUUCACUAGUCUACACGAGUACACGUCCUUCCCUCACCAUCUCGGAGAUUGCGAGGACACAGUGAGAGAGAGUCAGAGCGGCAAUGUUCUGUGCACUGAAAUUGCGCUUCUCGUGCGCUGCAAUGAAACCUAACUGCCAAAAUUACAGCUCCCCCAUUAACAUCGACUCGCGUCGUCAGUGCGAUCUUCGGAAACCGGUCGGUCGGUUCGCGUCUCUGUCGAAACAAGCGGAGUACAAUGCAACCGCAGCAUCUGAGCCGUCGGUCCCGUCGCAUUACACAUCGACCCUCGGAUCCUCUUCGCUUCAGCUCACCCAGUGGAACCUCACCCACCGUCACAUCCUCGUGCUCCAGUUCGUUGCUUGCGUGGCUGCAGUUUCAGCGACCUGGCUCUUUUGCUCUGCAAUACCGACUCUUCUGGCUUUCAAGAGAGCCGCGGAAUCAGUAGAAAAGCUGAUGGACGUUACAAGGGAAGAGCUUCCUGACACAAUGGCUGCUGUUCGGUUGUCUGGCAUGGAGAUCAGUGACCUAACAAUGGAGCUCAGUGAUUUGGGCCAGGAGAUUACACAAGGUGUUAGAAGCUCCACUCGGGCUGUUCGCGUAGCUGAGGAGCGGUUGCGCCGGUUAACAAACAUGGCUCCAUCAGCUUCGCUGCAGGAGGUAGCCACCCCGAGAACUGAGGAAACAGUACCAGUGCUGGCUAGAACUGCAAGGGGUAUUAGGGAGGGAAUUGUGAAGGGUCGUGCCAUCCUGCAAAUGCUUUUCACUCUCACCCGAUUUUCUAGGUUGGCCCUCAACUAUUUCACUAACCGAGCUAAGCGGUAGACCCUAGGACUUGUGAGCUUAACAGUGAUAAACAUCAAACAUGUCUAAAUUUGUACAUAUCUUUCCUUUUUUUUUUUUUUCUCUCCUUUUAAUUUUCCCUCAAUCCUAAUUCAACUGUCUUCAAUUAGUAUAGUUGUUGAGGUUUUAUCUUUCAGGGUGUUAGACUAUAGACCUAUGAUGUAAAGGGGAUAGAAGUAGCCUUUGAUUUCUUUAAUCUCUAUUGGUACUUGCAGAAACUUUGUUGUAGGCUUGUAGCCUUUGUCAAUGCAUGUACCUUGAGUCCUUGACGAUUUAA